CCGUGUUCGCACUUCCUCCUCUUAUCACAAGCAGGCAGACGUCGUCGUAGACGCUUCACGCCGUCAAUCCAGCCCCAAGGCGGCGACUGGCUGCAGGGCCUCCGUACUCAUGACUAUGUAAUAAGAGUAUUCAAAUUAAGUAGUUGCCAGGGUAACCCGAGGCCCUGCUGCUCACGCUAGACGCUGGAAGCACCUGAAUAGGCAGCGCGGAUCUAAGAACAGAGAGUUUAUGGCGUCUGAAAGAUUAUCUCCUUCGCUGGGACUUUUUGGUGGGCGUCACUCACGAGGCGUUCCUUCUCUUUCUUUCCUCUUUUUGGGGUGUGUGUGUUACGGAGUCUCUUCCCAUCUGCUUAUUGCUGCAGGCAAUAAGAAGCCGGUAGGAGAGUGACCCCAUCAGGAAAAAAAUAUAUUUCAAGAAGAUAAACAGUAACAGCAAAUUAAACCAGUUUACCAGAUUUGCUGUUGGAGAAAAUUGAAUAGAUGACAUGACAAAUAAACAGAAAUGAAUAAUAAUUUUAAAACAGCAAAAAUGUUACAGAAAUAUGGAUAAAGACAGACAGAAACCAUUGCACUUGUGACUCAAAAACCAACUUUGUGCAAAGCCCAAAAUAUAUUUGACAUAAAUACUUACCAGCAUAUUGAUGAAAUUGCCAUUAUGACCAGCAAGAAGAAAUAACUGGAGGGCACUCUGAGAUGGAGCUAAACUGGAGAUUAGGCAGAGUCUCAAGACCAGGUUCUGCUACAGUUCGGGUCACAAAUUUGGGCUGGCAAGGCCUCCUGAAUCCCAAUCCAUCGAUUAAAGAUGAUGAUGAAGACCUACUUGUGGAUGAGUAUCUGUCCCCCAAUAAGCUUAAAACACUGACUGGGCUAGAUGAUCUGCGGCAAGUAAAAGCCCUAGAGAUGCGUGUAGACACAAGAGAGAAUAGCCUUGGAAACUUUGGUGCUUAUGUCCCUAAUCUAAAACAUCUGAAACUGAACAGCAGCGUGCUUAUGUCUGUGAGGGACCUAGGAACAGCAUUGUCUCAUCUUCAAGUCCUGUGGAUGGCUCGCUGUGGGCUUCCAGAUUUAGAUGGGAUCUCUUCCUGCGGCUCUUUGAAAGAACUCUACAUAGCAUAUAACAAUAUUGCUGACCUAAGUCAACUCAGCCUUUUGGAACAUCUUGAAAUUCUAGACCUAGAAGGAAACAACAUUGAGGACCUCAGUCAGAUUCAAUAUCUGGGGAUCUGUGUUAAACUGUCUGCUCUUACAGUGGAGGGCAACCUUAUUUGCUUGAAGCCAAGCCCUCAGUCUCCAGAGGUCCCAGACUACAAUUACAGAGCUGAGGUGAAAAAACUCAUCCCUCAUUUAAAGUGUUUGGAUGAAAUACCAGCAAAUCAAACUGAUCUUCCUUUCCCAUGCAAGAUGAACAAGGACUGGCUACUUGUCAAGGAAUCUAUCAAAGAUGGAAGUUUAGUUGAAGAGGCAUCAUGUUCAGAUUCUUAUUCAGGACCUGUAGCCAGAAGGCCCAGCUCUGCUGUGAGAUCUACCACAACUCAGUUCUUGACAGCUUCUCGACCUCAGACUCCACAGAGACCACCCAGCGCCCAUUUGCUGUCUGGUAGUAGCACCCUCCUGGAGAAAACCACAUGUGAUGAGAUGUUGCCUGAUGAUGACUCCAGUGACUUGACUCAUGGUGUCAGCAGAGUUAUAUGUGGGAACCCCAUCAAAGCUCUUCAUGCACGGAGACAAAAACUCAGUUCUGCAGUAAUGAACCUGUUCCAGCCGCUGUGUCAGCCAGCAGAAGAUCCCUCUGGCAUUGAAGAAACUGACUAUGUAAAUGGGGAAGACAUCUAUGCUGAGCUGAAAGUCUUGAAAGAGCAUCAUUACCAGCACCUGCUAGCUCUCCAAAGGGUGAAGUCUCCUGAAGUGCUGAAAAUAACACACAAUGAUGAGGAAGAGGAACACCACUGCCUGAGUGACAGCUGUGAUGAAGAUCUGAAAGAAAGCAUUCAGGAGGAGAUCAUGGAAAUCAUAUCAUCAGACUCGCAUCUUUCACAGACAUCUUCAGAUUCCUUGCACAUCCAGGAAAAUGUGUUACCCGCCAUUAUAAAGCACUCUCUUGUACCGUCUCCUCCAAAAUGUCCCUCGCCUGCAUCCGUUCAGAGAGUGACAACUGGGUUUGUUAGAGUCAGACACUUGAAAGUACCUAGCUCAAAAAAGGCACUAACGCCAAAGCUACAGUCUUUAUCAACUGUGAACAGUGAUGCAGUGCAGAAUGUGGUUGAGAAGACUGCUGUUCUGAAUCUCAGCAGAAAAGCUGAUGCCUCCUUAUCUGAUGCAUCUGUCUUAGGUCAGAGGCAUAGGACUUCUGGUGCUGACAACAAGCCAACCAGGAGACCUGUUUCAGCAACUGGACCAACAAACAUCAGAGCCUUUGCAGACAGAAACGUCCACAAGACGAUCAACUCUCAUCAACCUCUUGUUCGCUCCUGCACAAACGUGCCAGAGGGACUUGCAGUGCUGAACAGGGCCCGCCCUCUGACUGCCAAGGCUGCCCUGCAGAGCUUGCCAAACAGGCCACAUAUCUCAACGGCAGCUCAAAGCAGAAGUCCCAAAUUAUAGGAAAUGCCCUCAGCAGCUGUGCAUAUGGUGCUGCCAAGUCACAGAAUCCUUCAGCUGCUUUCUGUAUUUCCCAUCUUCCUAUGAACAACAUAGGCUGGCUUCUCUGACUCAUCCUGAUCACUGAACACAACAGUGCCCGUAGGUAAGCAAAGCAGUUUAAAGAAACAACUUGAUUUACUUCAAACAAAACUUGUGAAGAGAGAAUCUGCAAUUCCCCAAUCAACAAUUUUAGCAGCUUUCAUAAGGAAAGGAGUGAGGGCUUGUGCCACCACAGCCCCUUCCAUUGACUAUAUACCUGAUGUUUAGAGCACCUGUAUGGCUGGCCUCCUGAGUGAGGAUGGCCCCUUUGCCUCAUUCAAUGGGAGGAAGGUACAGAUGAUCCUUCAACAAUCCUUCAGGUAACCAGCUGCAGCUAUUUCCAUGUGUCAGCCAGCUGUCAAAGGGAUGCAGUCCCACUGGUGAAAUUACACAACAGACUGGGAAAGCUGUGUAGACUGGAACGGAGUGUGCUUUUUGUGUUCCUUGAGCAGGACAGUUCCGUCUUGCUUGAAAUUACUUUUUUUUUUUAAGCAGGGAAUAACUCAGUCAUUCAGAGGGAGUCUGGGAGGGACUGAAUGUGUCAUUUUGUUUUAUUUGUGCUUGGAAGAAACUCCAGACACUCAUCCAGAAUGCUGUCAUGCAGUUACACCUGAAUGGGUGGGUUGUGUUUUCUCCAAGCCAGAUGUCCAUUGCAUAUAUCUUUGCAGUGGUUGGGGAUGGUUCUCUCCAAUUCCUUAUUUUACCUCAUUUUUUCAUGCCUUUUCACCACAAAUGGAUUUGCAAUCACCUUUUCUGUAACUUUUGUUUUCUAGAUCAGUUUUAGAUCAAUAUAGAAAAAUGUAUUUUUA